AUGUUGUAUGCUUCAUUUUUAGGAAUUAUACUAAUUUUCAAUUUAUUUGAGUGCACAUUAUGUUUUACCUUGAAUGCUCUCAUUUCACAAAGUGGUUUGCAUGGGGAAAUUCAAUUUAUUCAAAAGGAUGCACAGAUUACAGAAUUGAAAACAAAUUUACAACCAACUUUAGAAUAUCCUGAACAAAUUAUUACUUGGUCUAUUUAUGAAUUUCCUGUUGAUUAUUCAAAAAUUGAAAAUAGAUGUGAUGAAAAAGAUUUGGGGAAGAAAAUAUUGGAUUUAGAAAAUCUAAUUGGUUAUUUGACAAUUCCUGAAAAUAGUACGUCCUCUUGGGAAUUACCAGUCAAAAUAACAGGUGAAGGAGGAAUUUGGGGUAGAAGUAUAGUUUUAAAAAAUGUAGAUAAUAAUAUGUUAUCGUGUGGUACGAUAACCUCUAAAGACAAAUCCAUUGAACGCACAGCAGAAGCUCGAUUUUAUCAUCCUGUCUCUGGUUCUAUAUAUUUUCGAUGGAUUGCAUCAGCAAAAUCCAAUAAUGUUGAUAUGUUAAUCUAUACAAAUUUAUUUCACACAAAACCAACAUCAGGCAAAUAUGGCAGGCAAUUCACAGAACAUAAUUGGAAAAUCUAUGUAACAGAUAUAUUUGAUUUUAAAGCUGAUAAAAAUGAAGAAAAUUGUAAUGCAUUGCAAAUUGUUUAUGAUCCUGAUGAUAAAGGAUUAGGUAAAGGUAUUGGGGAUGUAGAUAAACGAGUAGGAAAAAUUCAUGUUGCUGCAGAUAUAACAAAAUCUUCACAAAAAGUUACAUAUCGAGAUUUUGCUCUUUCGGCCUUAUCAAGUGCUAUUGUGGGGGAACAGAGGAAAUUGUAUGUGGUAAUUUUUGAAGAUCAACAUGCCGAUAGUUUUUUAGCAUGUUCUAAGAUUCGGCUUGUUGACUAUACUAUAGCUGGAGUUGUUUUAAAAGAUAAAGAAAUUACAAUGACACAGUAUUGGAAGUAUGAGCCUACAUUUGUUAAUUUUACAUUUUCUAAUUAUUCAUCUGAAAUUGUUUAUGAACAUAAUAUACAUGAUUUACCUCCGCAUCCUAAAAUGAUUGGAACAACAGAGUAUUGCUCAACCUCUGGUCGAAUAUAUGAUCCUUUGCAGAAAUUGAAAUCAGAUAAUGUUGUACCUCCUCCUGGCUAUGGCACACAAGAGCAAUAUUCAAUUGGUAAUUUGUAUGGAAAGUUUGCUCCGAGAAAUGGGGCAAUAAGUUUACCUGCUUUAAACCACUUUUACUGGGACACAUUUUUACCUUUAACUGGAAUUCACAGUGUGGUUCAUAGGAGUAUAGUUGGAACAGCAAAUGGAAUAAAUGAAUGUGCAACAAUUCUGUUGAGAGAUGGGCAAGGAAAGCAAGCUCAGUUGUUUACUGCUAAGAUACUUUUCAGGUAUCCAAUCGUUGGUCAUAUGUUAUUCCGUCAACUCAAAAAUCACCCUUGGGCAGAUACAACAAUACUUGUUGAAUAUUUAACACAUGCUGAUGGUAAAAGCACUAAUAAAACUGGUGAUCACCGUUGGGCAGUGCAUGAUAAUCCACCAGGGAGAGAUUUUUACAAUUGGACUGGAAGGUGUCUAAGUGCUGGCAACGUAUAUAAUCCCUGGAAUUCUUUACCAAGUGAUGGUCCAUGUUUUCUUGAGACAUGCAGGGUAGGUGAUCUGUCUGGGAGACACGGAUCACUAACAAUAGCUGGUUCUAAAAUCGAAGCUCAAAAUAUUACAAGACGUUUGUAUACUGAUACUCUGCUCCCAUUACAAGGACCUCGAAAAGUUCUUGGGAAGUCUCUCGUUAUUUAUGAUGAUAUUGGCACUGCUCUGCGUGGCGAUCGUUUAGCUUGCGCUGCGUUUGUGCCAGUUUAUAGAAGAAAAGCUGUGGCCAAAGAUUGGUUUCCAAAUGGAGGUCCCAUAAAGUUUAAAGGUAAAAUUGAAAUAACGCAGCAAUCAGAAUAUGAUAGGACCAACAUCGAAAUUGAGUUAAUUAAUUUAGAUAGCAGAGAUUAUAACAACUAUUAUAUUCAUGAAUCUCCUGUAGAGGUUGAUCUUGAAUUUCCAUGUGAACCAGAAACUUUAGGUGGUACUUAUGAUCCUUUAAAAGUUAAAAAGAAAAAUACUACAUCGGCAGGAGAGUAUGCAGUAGGUGAUCUUAGCAGUAAAAUUGGACAUCUUGACAGGAAAACUGAAUUUCAUGCUACGUACAAUGAUUCAAUGCUGCCCCUUUUUGGUUAUUCUGCUGUAAUCGGGCGAUCAAUUGCUAUUCAUGGUCAUGGUUUGCAAGGUUUGGGCACAACACAGGUCCAUGAUGUUCGACGAGCGUGUGCCACCCUGGAACGAGGCUACAGUCCUGGUGAAGCGCGCGAACUCAGAGCUGUAGCUUCGUUUCAUAAUCCUGCUGGACAUGCCUAUGGAUAUGUUAGGUUUUCUCAACUAGUCUAUGGAGAUGGCGAAGAAAGUGAUACAAUUAUUGAGGUAAAUUUACGCCAUCCUGGAGCACAUGAUCGCAACGUAUCAAGAGGACACCGCUGGCAAAUUUUUGUAAAUCCUGUUGGUGUUGAUGCCACUGUUAAAACUUUUGCUACUCGAUGUGUGGCUGGAGGAUAUACUUGGAAUCCAUUUUAUACCCAAUUAGCUGAUCCUCAGAAUACAGAAUUAUAUGAUCAGGAAUGCGGCCCUGAUAAUCCGUUAAGGUGUUAUGCUGGAGACGUAUCUGGUCGGCUCGGUGUAUUAGACUUAGGUGUUGGUAGACAGGUUUUUACAGAUCCUCUCUUCCCAUUAGAGGGCCCAGCUAAUGCAUUAGGACGAUCAUUAGUUAUACUAGGACCAAAUGGAUCAAAUGAUCGAUACGCAUGUGCAAAUAUUGAACCUGAACAUGAUAUUGUUAAAUAUGUUAAUAUACGCAGGCCACCCAAGUUUGUAGUAGCUCAAUUUCUUCAGCAGGUUCGGAGGGUGAUGGGCUUACCACCAUGGAUGCUCUCAGUUGACUCUCGAAAAACCAAAAUUUUGCAUAAUGGUGGUUGUGUGCAACUUGUGGUUCAUUUUAAAGGACCGAUAGCCGGUAAGUUGGAGCAGGAUUUCUCUAGAUUGGUGGGUUCUGGAAGGUUGGAAGAACCUACUUUAUAUAUUCCUGGUUAUACUGACAGCAAAAGAAAGAAAUCUAUAUCAUACAGUGUGUGUUCAACAACUGAUAGUAGGAAUAGAAAUAAUAAAAAUUCUUCCAAUUUAACUCAAGAUUUAAAGUAUUUUUGGCCUAGUCAGUGA